AUGGAGCCUCAAAAUACCCAGCCCGCAUCUACCCAGCCUACGCCAACCGAAACAGGUGUCACUACUACCAGUGGGGUCCCCAUUGAGUCGGUUAUAGAGAGCCAUAUUGCCAGCCCUGAUGUCUCGCGCUCAGCAGAGAAGCCCAACCUUACUCAUACACCAGACAAUGUGAUUCCGGAAACUGCACCGGCCUACAGCUCUGCCUCAGUGGAAAAGCCAGUGCGGAUCGAACCCGUGCCUCAAGUUGCUAAAGUAACACCACUACACCUCCUCAGGGAACAGCCCGUAUGGAUCGACUGCCCCUUCUGUGAGCGAAGAGCAAUGACCCGAGUGGGUCACGAAGGAUCUAGUGCUACCAUGCUAGCCUCCCUCGUCUGCUGUCUGAUUUGCAUCUGUCUCGUCUGUGUUCCAAGUUUAACGGGCAUGUAUCAAGACACAAGUCACUACUGCACCAACUGUGGCAAAAAAGUCGCUCAUAAGCCGCAUGACGGUCAAACACAGCCGAUCGGGCCUAUGCCUAUCGGGGAUGUUCCUUCAAGACGCCCUCUUGCCUAA